UUGACGUGUAUGUGUCCCAUGAACAGUAGACAAUGUCUACCCGGGCUCUGCGGAGGCUCCGAGGGAAACAGCGGGGUCAGGAGGCCCUGGACCUCGGGGAUCUAACUUUGGGUGACAGCCCGGAGGAGCAGCUGGACACGGCUAAUGUUUCUCCACCGUCUGAUAGCAAAGCUAGCAGCCGAAAGGCAAAGAAAAACAAGGCGCAGAAAAACGUCAGCAACAUUUAUGAAUUGAUAGGUGAUGCAGACAAUGAGGCAGAGCACAUCUCACCCGAUGAAGAGGCGGAGAAACCAGAUGGAAAUAAAACAAGUAGCACAGAAAAGGAUAAGAACAGAGAUGAUGAGAAACUACAAGAGGAAGUGUCUACAAAGUCUUUGUCUGGAGAUAAAGUUAAAAAGAAGAAGAAAAAGAAAAAGACAAAAGUGACAUCAGAAAAUGUACAGGAGGCUGCACCAGAAGAUAACAUUGAUUUAUUGCUGGAGAACCUGGAGAACUCCAAUGGUGUGAGUUUGCAAAAUGAAGAUUGUGGAGGCUGCGACAGAAGAUCUGUGCUACACGUGGAGCACAGGAACCUCAACCCAGAGACAGAGCUGAAGAGAUAUUUUGGGGCUCGAGCUGUUCAGGGAGAUCAAAGACCUCGACAGAGAAACAGACAGUUUCACCGUAGCACCUGGAUGACCAGUCCUAAGGAAAGCUGGCCUCGCUUCAGCCGCCCAGGAAUCUCAAUGACCUUACUGCAGUCAAAGGACGGCAUUCAGUACUUCACCUUUGAGCACAGUCGGGACUACCAACAAGUACAGUUCAAGUUCUUGGAUGCCGUCGAGUCCAUGGAUCCCAACAACAUCGUGGCUUUGCUACAGCUCAACCCCUACCACAUUGAUUCUCUGCUGCAGCUCUCUGAUGUCUGCCGUAUACAGGAGGAUCAGGAGAUGGCCAGGGACCUCAUCGAGAGGGCCUUGUACAGCUUUGAGUGCGCCUUUCACCCUUUAUUCAGUCUGACUUCAGGUAGCAGCAGACUUGAUUAUUUGCGACCAGAGAACAGGGCAUUUUAUUUGGCUCUUUACAAGCACAUGAUGUUCCUGGAGAAGAGAGGAUGCCCACGGACGGCUUUAGAGUACUGCAAACUGAUCCUAAGUUUGGAUCCAGACUCUGACCCACUUUGCAUGCUCCUGCUCAUCGAUUACCUGACUCUGCGCUCUAGAGAAUACCAGUCUCUCCUCCAGUUACAUCAAGACUGGGAGGAGCACCGAAAUCUGUCCCAGCUGCCAAACUUUGCGUUCUCGACUGCACUUACCCAUUUCCAUCUCAGUCAGCAGGAAGAUGUGGAUUCUGAAGAAAGCAACAAAGAAAGACACAAAGCUGACCAGAUGCUGCAGAACGCUCUCAUGAUGUUCCCGGGAGUCUUGAUUCCUCUACUGGAUCUGUGUACCGUGCAGCCAGAUGCCGUAGUCGCCUCACAUGCCUUCUUUGGCCCAAAAAGCCAGAUAGGGCAGCCCCCAGCCCUGGCUGAACUGAUGGCUCUGUAUGUGGGUAGGACUCACAGCCUAUGGAGGGAGGCAGCAGUGAUGCUGUGGUUGGAAGAGUCUGUGAAAGAGGUGCUGCGUCGGGUUGAUGCCAAAGACCCUCUGGUGGAGGACUGCCAGAAUAAGAGAAAGCAGAGGUACCAGAGUGCACCGAGAAACAUCCAUCGUCACGUCCUCCUCUCUGAGAUCAAAGAAGCCACCUCAAGUCUGCCUUUUGAGGUGACCAGUCAGCCUGUGAUGGGCUUCGACCCCCUGCCUCCACUCGACUCGGUGAUGUCAUACACCCGACCAGAGAGGCAGCACAGUGGUGCAACCAAUGAGAGUACACUGUCGCUGUUUUUCCGGUCUUUGCUGCCAAACUUCAACCUUCAGGGAGGACCGAGGCAGGAGGACGACAUGGAAGUGGCCAGAGCUGGUCAGGAGCUGAACCAGGAGGUGAAUCGUUUAAUGGUGGCAAUGAGGGACAUGCUGGCAAAUAUCCGGUUUCAAGAGCCACCGAGAGAGGACAACCCCUACAGAGAUGAGGAGGAGUGGGACUGAGAGAGGAGGAAGGAGACAGGUGGAAAAAAAACAUGCCAAUUAGAAAAAAAAUAACGGGGUUAAUAAGAAAUAAUGAGAGAUGGAGUGGCUCAACUAAAUAGUUUUUUUUUUGAAUUAUCACAAUUUUAAGGUGAUGAAAUGAAAUUAAGAGAUGACUUGGUGUAACAAGUCUGUCCACUACUCUGCUUUACUGGCAUUGAUUUAAAAAAUUAACUCGAUUAUGAACGUGUUUUUCCAGAUUCAGAAAACAGAUCGAUUAAUUGGACUUGACAUGUCACUUAAGUUGAUAGUAUUAUUUGUAAUAAACAUUUAGCAGUUCCAACAUGUCCGAUCAUUGUUAGUGAGCAGCACUAAGACAGAAAGAGCACUACUCUUCUUUCUCUGCUUCCUGGCUCUCAAAGAGUUAUUCAUGUUUACAAACCGUGGACUGAUUAAUGAAAUAAGAGCAAAGUUGAAGCUGUUUUUUAUGUUCAAUGGAAGUUCUGCUUCACAAAUACAAAUUGCGGCGCUCGAACAUUUAUUUUUUGCCACAGCAUCAGAAGGAACGUUUUUAUUCUCGAUGACUUAGGUCAGAGUGAUCUAUAAUGCAGAACUGAAGGCCUAUAGAACACAAGUGUUGCUUUACUUGAACAUGGACGUAUUUUAUGUUUGUUUGAACCAGACGAGCAUUUUAGAUCAGUUCAGCCUGUUUUUACAAAUUAAAUAUUAAAUCUUUUGUUCUGGGA